AUGCACAUUUUCCUCCCCCUCCCCCUCCUCCUUCUCUCCACAGCGCAGGCCGCUCUCCUCCCCCGCCAAACCGCCUCUCAAACCACCAGCUCCGCAUCCGCCUCACCAACAGCAUGCAACAACCACGCCUCCCUCUGCUCCCGCUCUUACUCUAACAUAACGCACCUCGGCGCACACGACUCGCCCUUCCUGCGCAACAGCAGCUCCAAUUCCGGCUUCGGGCUCUCAGACGCCGGAAACCAAAACAUCGACUCCCUCGCCCAACUAUCCGCCGGCGUGCGUCUCCUCUCCGCGCAAAUCCACAAAUCAGACAACGCCCUCCAUUUGUGCCACACCUCCUGCUCGCUCCUAGACGCCGGACUCCUCCGCGACUGGCUCAGCAGCAUCAAAGGCUGGCUUGACAGCCACACCAGCGACGUCGUAACCCUCGUGCUCGUGAACUCCGACAACGUAGCCGCCACCGACCUGGCCUCCGAGUUCGUCGCCUCUGGCAUCUCGACGUACGGGUAUACACCCAGCACCGCCGGGCAAUGGCCCACUCUGCAAGCCAUGAUCAGCGCGAACACGCGCCUCGUGACCUUCGUCGCCUCGCUGCCGCAAUCGUCGGGGUAUUUGCUCAACGAAUUCGACUACCUCUUCGAAAACCCCUAUAACAACACCGCCGCCUCAUCAUUCACCUGCGCAGCCGACCGGCCCGUCGCCCAACCCGCCAGCGCCGCCAUAGCCACCGGCAAACUCCCGCUCUUGAACCACUUUCUGUACCAGACCAUGACCUUGGGCUCUACUGUCAUCGAAUCGCCCGAUACGGCGAGUAUAGGCACCACCAACGCGGCGACGGGGACAGGCAGUCUUGGGGAUUUUGCUGCCGCGUGUGCGAAGGAUUACGGAGGCAAGGCGCCCUGGGGUUUGCUGGUCGAUUACUUCGACCAAGGCGAUACGUUGAAGGUGGUGGAUGAUCUGAAUGGUGUGGCGAAUGAUCAGGCAACGGGGAGGCAGGAGGCGGGGGGGACGAAGAUGUUCACUGGGGCUGCGGGACCCGCGGUCAGGUUGCCGACGAAUAUCAAGGUCGCGGGGGCGGCGUUGGCGACGGCUGUGGCUGGGUGGUUGGUUGUUUGA